AUGCCUCAAUCCACCACCACGACCGCAGUUGACGAGAGAUCUCAGCCAUGGCAGGCGAUGCAGGAAGUCCAAAACCUGUUCAAACCCGAGACCGAUGCCAACCCCGAACUUGCUGCCAACGCCGAGUCCAACAAGAUUGACGAAGAGCCUUUGAAGCUCAAUUUCCUCAGGACCAAUCUCAAUGCCGCGAGAACCAACAUUGCGAAUGUGGAGGAGCAACACUAA